UCACACACUACGCAGCGUAGUAGAUAAAAAAAAUCACAACCCCCUCCUUCCUUGUUCCCCUCUCUCUCUCUCUCUCUCUCUCUCUCUCUCUCUACUUUCUCUCUCUGAAACAAUGGCCCUUCAAUUGUGGGAGACGCUGAAGGAAUCGAUCACAGUGUACACAGGCCUAUCUCCGGCUACUUUCUUCACUGUUCUCGCUUUAGGACUCACACUUUACUACCUCGUCUCAGCUUUUUUCGGGUCGGUUGACGGCGGCCACAACCAGCAGAGGUCCAGAGCUUUCGAGGAGCCGAUGGAGCCGCUACCUCCUCCGAUUCAGCUCGGCGAGAUCACCGAAGACGAGCUGAAACAGUACGACGGCUCCGAUCCGAAGAAGCCUCUGCUCAUGGCUAUCAAGGCUCAGAUCUAUGACGUGUCUCAGAGCAAGAUGUUUUACGGACCAGGUGGGCCCUACGCACUAUUUGCCGGAAAAGAUGCCAGCAGAGCACUUGCAAAGAUGUCUUUCGAAGACAAAGAUCUAAACGGUGACCUAACUGGGCUGGGCGUUUUCGAGCUCGAAGCUUUGCAAGAUUGGGAAUACAAAUUCAUGAGCAAAUACGUGAAGGUGGGAACUGUCAAGACAGCUGUGCCAGUAACCGAUGAAAGCCAAGCAACCGAAGCUCCUGCAGAAGCUUCUUCCGAUGCUACUAAGCUUCCAGAAGCUUCCGAUGAUGCUGACAUGGCAAAGCCGGCAGAUGAUGGCCCGUAUGAGACUGCUCCAAAAGAAACCGCCGAGGAAACAGCGACGGCCAAUCAUGAUGCAGAGAAAAAGGAGUGAAUUUUCGUCGGCGACUUUUAAACUGCAAAUCGGGAUGGGGAGUUUGCUGCCUUCCUUGGCUCUUGUCUUGUUUUCUGCAUAGUGGCUUAUUUGGAGUUUAUAAUUAACUCUUUGUUAUGUAACAAAUAUUGGUUGAAACUUAUAGUUUUAGCAUUUAAUAAUGACUUGAAGCAUAUGAAGGUGGAUUUUUAUACUUC